AUGGAAAGAGAUCAACGAAUGUAUCCGAAAAUUGACAUGGGUCCACGAACUGUGAACCAUCCAGCCGUGGUGCCGGUGCGUCCUGACUUUGUAUUGGAUUCCAGGUAUUUGCAUCUAUUCAAGCAUUGUCCUAUUAAUAAUAUCGCAGCCAUCCGGGCUCUUCGGACACCUAUGAAGGGGACACCGACAUGCACAUCAGGGGCCAAUCAAAAUGCUCUAACUGGUGUUUCAAAUCUCAAGAUGUCACUCACUGGUUUGGCUUUACUCUGGACUUGUCUUGUUUGGGAAGAAUUUGCCAUACACGACCCCCUGGGAACGGAAUGGAGAAAACAAGGACAGAGCAGCACCUCAUCCUCGUACAGUAGCAUGACGGUAUCGUAUUCAACAAGUUUGUGCUGUGGCAAAUGUUUCUUUCAACGCGCAACCACUGUGGACGUGUGCGACUCUACAGGUGUUCGGCUCAUGCCUGUGCCUUGGUGA